AUGGAGCGGUUGAUGCUGCGCCGCGCUCCUUUGCCAAGACGUUCGACAGGCCAACUGGCGUCCCUUGUGCUAGGCCCGUGGCCCCACGCGGGGGGCGGCUGCACUGCCCACCCCUCACCCGGAGGCCUGUGGUUCGCUGGGAGCGGGAAUGCCACCCCCGUCGCCACCGCCAUGCUGACCUGCCCGCACUGUCUGCACUCGUUCGAGGGCGCCGCCGCCGCCAGCAGCACCGCCAGCACCGCCUCGACGAGUGCGUCGUGCUGCUGUGCCGCCCCCGCCGCCUCCUGCUUGCGGGUGUUUGCAGGCAGUGGCGGCGGCAUCAUCGUCUCCGAGGGCAAACCGACCUGCACCACCCCGCACCUGCAGGUCUCCUUCCAGCAAACGCCGGGUCUGCAGGUGUCCUUCACGCCGUCGCUGCAGAUCGUGCUGCCCCCGUGGCCCACCCAGGCCGCCUCCAGCCGCAACUCGGCAAACCUAACCUCCACACACAAGGCCCUUACAGCGUCCGGAUGGUACUACGAGGCGUUGAGCGGCGAGGAAUCACUGAUCGCCCUGAAAAACUGCCCGCCCGGCACAUUCCUGUUGCGCGACUCGUCCGACCCUGAGCACCUGUUCUCGCUGAGUGUGCAGACGACGCGCGGCCCGACCAGCGUGCGUCUCCACUACCUCAACGGAGAGUUCCGACUGGACGCGCAGCACCACUUGGCGCACCACGUGCCGCGUUUCGCGUGCGUCCUCAAACUCGUCGAGCACUACGUGCGCGAGGGCAAGGAGACGCAGAGGCGGCAGGCCACCUCCAACCGCACCUAUGUCAAUGUCUCGCCACCGCCAGAACCAGGCAGCCAUGUUUGGGUCGACGACCGAGGGCGGACGCACUCGCCGAUCCUGCUGACGCGGCCGUUGAGGCGCAGGGUGAGCACCUUGCAACACAUGGCGCGCUUAGCCAUCAACCAGAGACUGCAACACAGGGACCUGGCGGCCCUCAACCUUCCGUCGGCCAUCGAGGACUACCUCAGGGAGUAUCCGUACACGCAGUGA